AUGUCGACAAGAAAAGAAACCGGAUGGAUUCAAGACCUGAAUAAAGAGGGAUUGAUCAACGAGUUGAACAGACGAGGCGUAGAUUUCGACUGCGAUAGCAAUUAUAACGAGCUGCGCAAACUGUUACGAAACGUUAUAAAAGAAAGUGAACGCGAAGAUAAGCCGGUCGGUAGCGUGGACCUUGAAAGAAACCAGGAGGUAAACGCGCAGAACGACGAGGAAGAUAAAGACGCAGAAGAGAGUGCCGAUUCUGACACGAUGUCCGAUGGAAUGAAAUUGGAAUUUUGCCUACACAAAGACGACUGGGAAACCUUCGUGGAACGGACAGAAUUGUAUUUCACCGCGAAAGACAUCAAGGACGAAAAGCAAGCUGCGCAGUUAUUAACGCGUUUGGACGAAGAUGCCUUCAAGCUAAUGAAACAGUUAGCAGCACCAGAAAAGUUAUCGACGAAAACUUUUGCUGAAUUGACAAAGCUAAUGACUGACCAUUUAAAUCCCAGACCAUCGGAAGUAAUGGAAAGCUGCGGGAAAAAGGGUCAUCUUCAGCGGGUAUGCAGAAAGAAUGCAACCGGACGAGACAAACAACAAUUGAAGAAGUUCAACGACGGAGAGGUUCCGAAGCGAGCGGAGCAACCAACGCAUCGCGACGACUUCCACAAGAUCGAGCUAAACGACAAGCGUAAGUGCGUGCGAUAUGCGUGUGAUCGCGAUAAUGCGGAACCGAUGUUCCUUAAUGUAAAUGUGAACGAUAUUAGAGUAAAGAUGGAGGUAGACACUGGCACGUACGCGACGGUUAUUUCCGAAUUAGGUCACAACGAGUUUUUCAAUGGAUAUAAAAUCGAAAAAACGGUCAAAGAACUUAAGACGUAUGAUAACAAAAUCUUAAAACCUAUCGGUAAAUUAGAGAACCUGGUGAUCGAGUUCGAUGACAGAAAAGCUAGAGCCGAUUUAUUUGUGUUACCCGGGUCGGGUCCGAGCUUGAUUGGACGACAGUGGUUAAAUAAAUUGGGGCUAUGGCCAUUGAAAUUAGAGCGCAAAAGUAAAAUUAGCGUGAAUAAAAUGGACGUUGAAAAUAUGAAAAAUUAUUUUUUGAGUAAGUACAGCGAUUUAUUUAGCGAUACCCCAGGAAGGUACAAUAAAAGCGAGACAAGAUUGUAUCUAAAGGAUAACACGCGUCCCGUAGCGUCAAAAUGUAGAAAUGUAGCACAUGCGUUGAAACCUCUUGUCGAAAAGGAACUUGAUCGGUUAGUAAAACUUGGUCAUUUGGAACCGGUGGAAACUAGUGAAUGGGCUACGCCGAUUGUACCCGUUUUCAAACAGAACGGUUGCAUUAGAAUAUGCGGCGAUUUCAAACUUACAGUAAAUCCGCAUAUUAUCAUAGAUAAGUACCCGUUGCACACGAUUGACGAGAUUUUCACAUGCUUAAAAGAAGGUGAUUACUAUUCCGAGUUGGAUUUAACGCAUUGCUACAUGCAGUUUCUAGUAGACAAAGACAGCAGGCACUUACUUACGAUAAUAACGCACAAGGGCCUGUUCAGGUACAAAAAUAUUCCAGAAGGUGUAUCGCCUGCACCAGCGGACGUGCAGCGAAAAAUGGAUGAAUGUUUAAGGGGGAUCGACAGCGCGAUCGCGUACAUAGAUAAUAUCUACGUAACAGGUAAAACGGAAAUAGAGCAUAAAACAAAUUUAGAAAGGGUAUGCGAGAGGCUUUCAGAAUGUGGACUGAGAGUCAACCUAGAAAAAAGCAAAUUUUUCCAAAAACGCAUUGAAAUUCUAGGGUUCGUAAUCGACAAAGACGGGCUACAUAAAGCAAAGUCAAAAGUAAUCGCAAUAUUGAACGCACCUAGGCCAGAGAAUAAAAAAAAGCUUAGUUCAUUUUUGGGCCUUGUAACUUUCUAUGAAAGAUUUCUAAAAGAUAGAUCGGCAAAUUUGAAGCCGUUACACGAUUUACUAGGUAGUGAUAGAUUUUAUUGGAAUGAGGAUUGUGCAAAAGCGUUCGAAUGGCGUGUGACGCAUCCGAUUAUGGAAUUUCUGCCAUAUUGUCACACAAAUAUGCGGACGGAUUAG